AUGACGACCAGGUGGCUGGCGUCGGUCUCUGGGGGAUACCAACCCAGUGGAGGCGGGCGAGCGGCGUGUUCCGAUGUUCUGCCGCCACUGCAGGUGUCAUACACCUCUUGGGGGGUGGCCAACUUCAUCUUGGGUCUCUUUGAGAAUGGUUUCUUCGAAGUCUCCGAGCUGAUUUGCUGCCUGAUUUUCCUGAGACGCUUUCGCGAGAAGACUGGCCUCCGAAUGGACCCUGCUUGCUGGAGGCCUCUCUUUGUGGCUGCAUUGUUGGUCACUGACAAAUACCUCAUAGACAGCUCGGUGAAAGGGAGCUCGAUGUCGGAACAAUCCAUGUUCCCAGUGUUGACACCAUCGCAGGUCUUUGCUUUGGAGUUGACGUUUUGGAAGAAGUUGGACUUUGGCCGUCUGUGGCUGACCCGGCGAGAUUUCAAGGCCUUCUGCCAGGAGUUGGAGCUGCAUGUGCCGGAGAGUAUGGACUUGGCGAGAUUCGUUGGGAUGCCAACGGUGGCAGACGCCAUUUUCUGUGGCCAUUUAUGA